UUCUGGUUAUUUUAACGGAAGAAAGGGUAAAAAUGUUACAACCAAUAGCGAGAUUUCAACAACUCAACUUUCAGUCUUCUUAUUCUUUUUUCGGUAACCAAGGGCAACCGUGGAUAACAUAACAUACCAAUGGCGAUACUCACGUUCGCAGUCGUAUGAAUGAAGCGUAAACAUGCGUUUAAAGCAUUUAAAAACACUGCAUCCAGCUCAAGAUGGAGCAGAAAGAGUUAUGGCCAUGUGUUGGUCUCCAAAUAACAAAAAAUUAGCAGUAUGCACAGCCGAUCGCACGGUGUUGCUAUUUGACUCAAAUGGCGAGAAACGUGAUAAAUUCUCAACGAAACCUGCUGACUCGGCUUACGGUAAGAAAAGUUAUGUUGUCAAAGGAAUGGCGUUUUCUCCUGAUUCCACAAAAAUUGCUAUUGCGCAGAGCGAUAAUAUUGUUUUUGUGUAUAAGCUUGGUGAAGACUGGGGUGAGAAAAAAGUUAUUUGUAAUAAGUUUUUGUGCCAGAGUGCAGCUACUUGUUUGGUUUGGCCUUCUGAAGGACCUCUUGUCAUUGGUUUAGCUGAAGGCAGAGUUCGAGUAGCACAUCCAAAGAAUAAUAAAACCUCCACCCUCUAUAGUUCUGAAUCUUAUGUAGUUUCUUUAACAUGUAAUAUUUCAGGAAAAGGCGUUAUUUCUGGUCAUGCAGAUGGAUCAGUGGUCCGAUUCUUUUUUGAUGAUGAAGGUACUGGUGACAUGCAAGGUAAAAUUUUUACCCAUACUUGCCCACCUUAUGCUCUUGUAUGGGCUGCACAGUCAAUUAUUGUUGCAGGUUGUGACAAGAAGAUAGUGAUAUAUGGAAAUGAUGGAAUGCUUAGGAAACAAAUUGAUUACAGUCGAAAUCAAACUGAAAAAGAAUUCACAACUGCAGUUUGUAGUCCCAGUGGGAAAUCAGUGGUGGUUGGGAGUUUCGACAGAUUGCGUAUCUUGAACUGGAGCACUCAUCAUCAAGAUUGGGAAGAGGCAAAAGCAAAAGAAGUUACUAAUUGGUAUACUAUAUGUACACUUGCAUGGUCUAAAGAUGGUUCUAAACUUUCUGUUGGUACACUUACUGGACUCAUAGAAUUGUUUGACUGCAGCAUGAAGAAGUCACUUUAUAAAAAAAUAUUUGAGGUGACAUAUAUAGACCCUAGUCAAGUAAUUGUAAGAAAUAUUACUAACAAUAUGCAAGUAACAGUAAAAUCGUCCAGUGGAAGUGAAAUUUUGGAUAUCAAAAUUUUGGGUAAAAACAGAUACAUUGUAAUGCAUACACUGCAAACUCUGAUUUUAUGUGAUAUGGUUAGUAAUCUAACUAGUGAAGUGCCUUGGAAUGGUGUUGGAGAAAAUGUAAAAUUUUUCUUUGAUUUUGAGAAUGUGUGCCUUGUCUUUAAUGUUGGAGAAUUAUCACUCAUUGAAUAUGGGAAUAAUAUGAUUCUAGGAUCAGUUAGAACAGAGUUCAUGAACCCUCAUCUUAUUAGUGUCUGUAUCAAUAAACGAGAAAACAAGCAAGAAAAUAAAAGACUUGCAUACCUUAUUGAUUUGAAGACAAUUGCAGUGAUAGAUCUCAUGACCAACCAUCUUUUAACCCAAAUCACUCAUGAAGCCAAAAUUGAUUGGCUAGAACUCAGUGAGACAGGUCGAAAAUUAUUGUUUCGUGACAGACGGCAAAGGCUUCAUUUAGCAGAUAUAGAGAGAGAUGAUAAGAAAACAAUGUUGAACUAUUGUUCUUUCGUACAGUGGGUACCAGGAAGUGAUGUGGUUGUUGCUCAAAGUCGAGGAAAUUUAUGUGUUUGGUAUAAUAUAGAAGCUCCUGAUAAAGUGUCAAUAAUUCCUAUAAAGGGUGAAGUUAUCGAAAUCCAGAGAAGUGAUAAUAAAACGGAUGUUAUUGUCAGUGAUGGAUCUUCUACAAUUACUUAUGGUUUAGAUGAAGGACUUAUAGAGUUUGGAAGUGCUAUUGAUAGUCAAGAUUUUAAAAGAGCUGUGGUGUAUCUUGAAAAGUUAGGGGUCUCGGAAGACACAGAAGAUAUGUGGGCUAAUCUAGGGAAAUUAGCUUUAGAAUCAAUGAACUUGGUGAUAGCAGAGCGUUGCUUUGCUGCAAUAGGUGACAUAUCAAAGGCUAGAUUUCUAAGAGAAACUAUUUCCAUUGCUAAUGAAGCUGGAAUUAAUUCAGGAACUGAUGGUUAUGAUCAUUACCAGGUUAGAGCUCGCCUUGCCAUAAUGAUGAAAGAAUAUAAAGUUGCAGAAACCAUUUAUCUGGAGCAGCAUAAAGUUGAAGAAGCAGUUCAAAUGUACUUGGAUUUGCAUCACUGGGAUGAAGCAAUUGAGUUGGCCAAGGCAACUGACCAUCCUGAUCUUGAAAGGCUAAAUGAAACUUAUUUUGAAUGGUUACAAAAUACAGGUCAAGAAGAAAAGGCUGGUGAAUUGAAAGAAAACAAAGGAGAAUACAGGGAAGCUAUUCAACUGUAUCUUGCAGCUGGUUUGCCUACACGUGCUGCACGAGUCAUUACCAACAUGCCCAUUUUAGCAGAAAAUGAUGAACUUGUCCAAGAGAUUGCUUCUGCUUUAAUGAAAGGAGAAUUCUAUGAGCAUGCAGGUGAUCUUUAUGAAAAAAUUGAUAAUUAUCAUAAAGCUCUAGAAUGUUACCGGCUUGGAAAUGCUUUCAAUAGGGCUGUUGACCUAGCUCGCACUGCUUUCCCUGAAGAAGUUAUUCAUUUAGAGGAGGAGUGGGGAGAUCAUCUUGCCUCCAUUAAACAAUUAGAAGCAGCUAUCAAUCAUUAUAUAGAAGCUGGAAAAUCGGUGAAAGCAUUAGAUGCUGCAAUCAAUGCUAAGUUAUGGAAGAAAGCAGUUGAAAUCAUGGAAAUAAUUGAUGAUACUCAAUCACUGAGUAAAUAUUUAAAACCAAUGGCACAGCAUUUUUAUUCAGUGGGUCAGUAUGAAUUAGCUGAACACCUGUUGGUAGAAGGGGGUAUGUCUCGAGAGGCAGUUGAUAUGUAUAACAGACUUGGUGAAUGGGACAAAGCAUAUAAACUUGCUAGUCAAUUUUUAGAUUCAGCAGAAGUUAGACGCAUGUAUUUAUCACAAGCAAAACUUUUAGAAGAAAAAGGAGAUUAUAAAGAUGCAGAAAAAUUAUAUACUUCAGCUCAUGAAUAUGAAAUGGCCAUUGCUAUGUAUGAAAACUUAAAACAAUAUGAUAAGAUGGUAAAAAUGAUUAAGAAAUAUUACCCAGAAAAGCUGCCUGAAACAUAUUUACACAUAGCAAAGAAAUUAGAGUCAGAUGAAAAAUAUGUACAAGCUGAAGAAUAUUAUAUAAUGGCUGGAGAAUGGAAGAUGGCUGUAAAUAUGUAUCGUAACUUAGAUAUGUGGGAAGAUGCAUAUCGUGUUGCUAAAACUAAGGGUAAUGAUAUUGCUGCUAAACAAAUAGCUUAUUUAUGGGCCAAAAACAUUGGUGGGGAUUCAGCUGUUAAAUUGUUAAAUAAAUUUGGUUUAUUAGAAAGUGCUAUUGAUUAUGCAGCAGAAAAUUGUGCUUUUGACUUUGCAUUUGAACUUGCCCGCACUGCAAUGAAACAUAAAAUGCCCGAUAUUCAUUUAAAGUAUGCUAUGUUUUUGGAAGAUGAAGGCAAAUUUAGAGAAGCUGAAAUUGAAUUCAUUCAUGCACAUCGUCCCAAAGAAGCUGUAUUAAUGUAUGUUCAUAAUCAGGACUGGGAGAGUGCUCAGAGAGUGGCAGAAGCUCAUGACAAGGACUCUGUGGCUGAUGUCUUGAUUGGGCAAGCAAGAUUUGCAUUUGAGGGAGGUGAUUAUCAAAAGGCAGAAUCAUUAUUGCUACGAGCAGAAAGAGCAGAUCUUGCUGUAAAAUAUUAUAAAGAAGCUGGAAUGUGGAAUGAAGCCUUAAGAGUCUGUAAAGAUUAUACCCCUAACAAGUUGUUGGAGUUACAAGAAGAAUAUGAAAGUGAGACCUCCGAGAGUGGAUCUAGAGAUGUGCAGCAACUCUAUGAGCAAGCCUCUAGUUGGGAAGAAAGUGGACAGUACCAAAAAGCAAUUGAUCGAUAUUUACAGAUACAACCUUCAAAUACCAAAGAUUAUGAUUUCAUUGAAAAAUGCUGGGUAAAAGCAGCUGAACUAUCUUGGAAAUUCAUGAACAAACAGCAUACUGAACAUCUGAUUCAGCAGAUUGCUCCACGCCUCUUACAAAUGAAAAAACAAACCACUGCUGCUCAGCUUUUUCUGAAAAUUAAUUCUAUUAAAAAUGCUUUAGAUGCUCUGAUUGACGCUAAAGAAUGGACCAAAGCUAAGCGAGUUGCAGCAGAAGUAGAUCCCAGAUAUGAAGAAUAUGUUGAUAAUUGUUAUAAGGAUUAUCUUCGUUCUGAAGGCAAUACUUCUGAAUUAGCAGAUAUAGACAUAAUAGCAGCUCUAGAUUUAUAUGCUGAAAGAAACCAAUGGGAAAAAUGCCUGGAAGUUGCACAAAAACAAGGUUUGAAAGUUUUACACAAGUAUGUUGCACUUCUUGCUAUUAAACUCAUUAAAGAGAAAAAAGAACAAAAGGCUCUUAGUUUAUAUGUAAAAUAUGGAAUUCCACCAAUGAGUCAAAAUUUUACUAUCUACAGACAUAUUGUCUCAGCUAUUUUUGGAAUGAAUGAUACUUUUUCAUUUGAGAGUUACCAGUUAUGGUCCAAUUUACGAAAUAUACUUUUUCAAUUAUGCCAGAGUCUACAAAAGAUGGGAGCUGGAGAAGGUGAUGAAUUCAAUAAUUACUUGACCAUUGCACACUAUUAUGCAACACGGUCUGCAUGCAUGGGCCAUCCAAGCUUGGAACGACAAUCUGUUAAAAUAUCUAUAAGUCUUUUGAGAUAUUCUGAUGUUAUUCCAGCAGAUAAAGCUUUCUAUGAAGCAGGUGAAGCUGCUAGGAAAAUAGGAUGGAACAGUAUAGCCUUUGUAUGUCUCAACCACUUAAUGGAUAUCUUUGAGGCCAUUGAAGAAGGAGUUGGUGAAGUAGACAACUCUGAUUUUCAAGAUACAGAUAUUCCAACGAAUAUUUUAAUCCCUUCUGAAACAUGUUUAUCAGAAGCCCAGCAUGAGGAAAUACGAGAAUGGGUUUUGUCUGUGUCUAUGGACCAGACUGUAGAUCAAACUCUGCCUUUAGAUGAAAGAAAAAUGUUUGAAUCAUCACUUAUUUCUCAUGAUGGACGUCAGUAUGAACCCUGUGUUGUGACUGGUUAUCCAGUCAUAAGAAAUAAAGUAGAGUUUGGAAAUUCAAAUAAAGUAGCUAAUAAAGAUGAUUGGAAUAAAUUAAUAAUGGCUGCUAAAGUGCAACACAUUGCAGAAUGUGAAGAUGUUUUGAAAUUCAUUGCUGCCUGGUGUGGUGGGACUGGCAAUACAGGCUUCACUUUUCAGUAAAUUGUUUUUUAAAUUUCUAGUCAGCAUAAUUGAACACAAGAUAUUUUCUUUAAAAUCAAAAUAACACUCAUCUAGUACCUUUUUACAGAAUCAUGAAUAUAUGUAUUAUUUAUCUGUACAGAAAUAUUUUUAUGAUUGUUCUUGUUUUAUGCAUAUUUUAAAGAAAUUGUUUUG